CACAGUCACACACACACGCGCGCGCGCUCACACACCAUCCAUAUUCCUCUCCAGCUUCACUCCCCCUCCGGAGAUCCGUCGCAACGUUUUCUGACAACGGGCUAUCCUUACGGCAGCAGAGCUGGCUUAGCCGGUCAGCUGCGAUCACGCUCGCAAAGGUAGCACGAGGAAGACACGCGCGGACGCAACACGCGGAGGGCACGCGCGCACGCGGAGAAGACUCGCUCAAAAAAAAUCCGCGUGCAGGAAUAACACGCACGAAAAAGAGCCGCUGUCCACAACGAUUGCUUAGAACGGACUACAAACGCACUUGGAAUCGCACUGAGCUCUCGUCCGUGAGUUACGCAGAAGCGCGCGUUCACACUCGGCAGAGUCGCUCGCGAAUAGGCGAAAGAAGAGCCACGAUCAACGCAGACGAAGGAGAAAUAGAAAGAGAUAAAUAGCAAAAAAGAAAGAAACGCGCGCGUCUCUGGCUGGCGCGUUGAUGGCCGGCCGCUGCUGCUAACGCUUGGCUAUCUGGCCGCGCGCCGCAAGAGAUCGAGCGAGCGAGCGAGGAUGUAACGCAACUCCAAGUGGCCAACGACGCGCGCCGCACACUGAUGACCCGCUGAAGCGGACCCCGCACGCGCGCAACAGUCGGCGGUGAUGUUGUCGCCGCCGCCGCUGCUGCAACAUCUCGCUCGACGAUGCUGGCAGCAACAGCGGCGAGGCAAUCGAGAGCAGCAGCAACAGCAGCAGGUCGCAGCAGUCCCGCGCCGCCAGCAUGAACGCCAGGAGCCACUUUCGCGCAUCUCUCGCCGUGUUCCUCAACUUCGUGGCGUUGCUGUUCUCCUCCACGGCUUUCGUGACCACCUACUGGUGCGAGGGCACGCAGAGGGUGCCCAAGCCGCCGUGCGGUCCCAAGACGCGGCCCGGCCCGCAGACGGCGGCGGCGGCUGCUUGCCUGCGGGCGAACAGCAGCGGCGGUGUCGCUGCUGAUGGGAGUCGCAGCGGCGGCGGCGGAGCCGUGUACAGCUGGGAGACCGGCGAUGACAAGUUCGUGUUGCGCUACUUCCACACCGGACUCUGGUACUCGUGCGAGCAGAACAUCACCGGCACGGGCGAAAAGUGUCGGAGCUUUAUAGAUUUGGCUCCAGCAUCAGAGAAAGGAGUCCUGCUUCUGUCGAUGGUGUCAGAAUCGCUGUACCUGAUCCUGCUCACUGUGGGAUUUGCUCUUAUGUGCCUGGAACGCUGUCGAUCUACCAACAUCAUCGAGGGGCUUAAGCUCAACGCCUUCGCAGCGGUCUUCACGGUCCUGUCAGGUCUGCUGGGGAUGGUGGCCCACAUGAUGUAUACCACCGUGUUCCAGGUGACAGCCAGUUUGGGUCCCGAGGACUGGAGGCCACACCACUGGGAUUACGGCUGGUCGUUUUGCUUGGCGUGGGGCUCCUUCACGUGCUGCAUGGCAGCCUCGGUGACCACCCUCAACUCGUACACCAAGACGGUGCUGGAGUUCCGCUGCCGGAGGCGGCUGCUGUUGGUGCGCGACCCCGAGACGCAGCAGAGCCUGCUGCAGGAGGAGGCGCCCUCGGUCAUCUCCCUGUCGGACGCUGUGGAGGGCGGCGCUUGCGGCAUCUCCUUGCCAACCUCCUCUGCUGCCAACCCCCAGAGCCGCAGGAUAUCCGCUCCGACUGCCUUCAUCGACCUCAACAGAGUGCCCGAGGUGAUGCAGGAAGAGCAGUGCUGAAGACCGGGCCGUUCUUCUUGGACGGGAUGCAUCGGUGCGCGCGCGCGCGCGCUCUCUCUCUCUUCGGCUCUUCCCGGGUGGCAGCUUUCGCAAAGAAAGCAGCACGGACGACUCCACAAGUUGGGGCG